AUGCAAUAUUAUGAUAUUAGUGCACGAUCAAAUUAUAAUUUUGAAGAAACGUUUUUAUGGUUGGUACGUAAAUUAGCUGGUGAUCCUAAUUUAGAAUUUACUGCUAUGUCCGCUCUUGAGUCAGAAUACAUUCAAAUAACUGAAGAACUGAAGAAGAAAUUGGCGGCUCAAUUAGAGGAAGUUGUUAAAGCAUCAAUAUCUGAUAAUGAUGAUGAAGAUUCAUGA